ACUAGUAUAACAUUGGUGAUUACGGAGUAAUUCUGAUAGUUAAAAUUUAAAUUAGUCUAAGCCCCUAGAUUGUAGUUGGCGAUAAGCGUGUUGCUGAAAAUGCUAUUUGGAAUAAAAUUAUUUGCCAACACAAACACCAAGCUCAUAAUAAACACUAGGAUCAAGCUGACAAGAGCCAUACUGAACAAUGCCCUCAAUGAUGAUGUUGAAGUACUAUUCUCAAAUCAAUAUUCUAACAAUAUUCUUUUGACGAAACUUAGCAUAGACGACCCAGAGGAGAAAUUUGAUGAUAUUCUCACAACUGGUGAAGAAAUAACUUUCCAUACUGUAGGAGGAACCAUCUCUCUAAUAGGGUAUUUCUUAGACGUGGAACAUUUCGCGGACGUGAAACCACCCGUUGUUCAGGUCGAGCCUUUCUUUCAGCAUAAUUUGGAAUGAAACCUGGCGGUGUCCUUCCACCCCACAUGGCAGUCAAAGUACCUUUGGGAAAAACAGACUCCAAAUGUAAAUCAAGACACAGAACCAACUUGACCCAAUUUUGAUCCAUACUGCUGCCCAGUUGCGUCCAAAGUUGUUGAGGUCAGAAUCAGAAGGUCUUGAAUAAAGUUAAACAAAAUAAA